CGUAUUGAUUGCUAUUGAAAUAUGUAUGUAACACGCAGAGUACAAAUUCUACAGCUGUUAAUAUAUCAGUCAUGUUAAAUAACAAUUCAAUUUUUAUUUAAAUACUUUUAUAAUAUUUAUCUUAUUCAGAAAAUUUAAACAUAAAAUUACACGAGUCUUGCAAAUCAACCUUUAAGAUCAUGCUCGUCCAAAAAGGAAUUCAGAAAAUUGAUGUAUACAGAUAAUAAUUAAAGUUUACAUUUUAUAUUGCACAUUGAUUUAUCAGUUUUCUUAUAUUAGAACCAGAAAUUUUAGUACUUUAUUUUACUUAAUUUCAAAAAUUUAACUUUUAUAAAGGUAAAAUGGUUUCUCAAAUAUUUGAUGAAUCUCCAAAAGGAAUGCAAUUAGUUAAUUCAGAUGAUGAAUCUCAGACUUAUAUACCAACUAAUAAACAAGUUGGUGGUACUAAUAAAGUACAAAUGAAAAAGCAGCUUGGCCUUUUGGAAGGAGUUGCAAUUAUUUUAGGAAUUAUAUGUGGUUCAGGUAUUUUCAUUUCUCCAAAAGGUGUAAUCAUAGAAGUAGGAAGUGUUGGAGUUUCUUUAAUUGUUUGGGUUUUAUGCGGUUUACUUUCUAUGGUGGGAGCAUUAUGCUAUGCUGAAUUGGGUACUUGCAUACCUCGUAGUGGUGGAGAUUAUGCUUAUAUUUAUGAGGCUUUUGGUGAUUUACCUGCUUUUCUAUAUUUAUGGGCAGCUAACUUAAUUUUUGUACCAACUACAAAUGCUAUCAUGGGAUUAACUUUCGCUGAAUAUGUUUUAAAACCGUUUUUUCCCAAUUGUUCCAUUCCAGAUAAUAGCGUACGUCUACUGGCAGCAGUUACUAUUUGUUUACUUACAUUCGCAAAUUGUUAUGAUGUUAAAGAAACAUCUAAAAUGCAAAAUGUAUUCAUAUUUGCUAAAGUUGGUGCAUUAAUAAUUAUAAUUAUUGCUGGGUUGGUUUGGAUAAUGUUAGGACAUACAGAAAAUUUUGAAAAUGUCUUUGAAAAUACAAUCACGGAUCCUAGCAAAAUCGCAGUUGCCUUCUGUUCUGGUAUAUUUUCAUAUUCUGGAUGGAAUUACUUAAAUUUUAUGACUGAAGAAUUGAAAGAUCCUUAUGUAAAUUUACCACGAGCUAUAUACAUAUCACUACCUUUAGUCACUUUUAUUUAUGUGUUGGCAAAUGUAGCUUAUUUAUCAGUUUUAACACCAACUGCAAUGAUUGCCUCUCAUGCAAUUGCUGUGACUUUUGGAGAUCAACUUCUUGGUGUGAUGGCAUGGACAAUACCUGUAAUGGUAGCUAUAUGUGCAUUUGGAGGAUUAAGUGUUCAUAUUAUGACAUCAUCUCGAAUGUGUUUUGUUGGUGCCAGGAACGGACAUUUUCCUUCAAUGUUAAGUCAUAUUAAUAUUUCGAGAUUUACACCUACACCUGCCUUAGUUUUUCUUUGUAUAUUAUCUUUAAUAAUGCUAUGCACAAGUGAUAUUUUUGUAUUGAUUACAUACUGCAGCAUAGUCGAAUCAUUUUUUAUAAUGUUAUCAGUAUCUGGUGUUUUAUGGCUUCGUUAUAAACAGCCCAAUAUGAGUCGACCCAUUAAAAUGCCUUUAUGGAUUCCUAUCACGUUUGUAUGCAUAUGUGCAUUUUUAGUAUUUUUUCCUUCCUACCAAAGACCAUACGAAGUUGGAAUAGGUGCCUUAAUAACUUUAUCUGGAAUUCCAGCUUAUUUUAUUGGUGUUAGAUGGAAAAAUAAGCCACUAUGGUUUCAACGACUUAUUCUUGAAAUUACUUAUACCGUUCAAAAAUUAUUCAUAUCUGCCACCGAGGAACGGGAUCAUUGAUUUACAUAGUACGAAUAUUAAAACAAUUUGGUGUUGCAUUAAAUUUUGACAUUUUGCUUUAAUAUAUAUGGUACUAAUUUGCGUAUUGCUAACACCACAUAACUGUGUUCUUGGUAAACAAAAGUUUACAGCGUAUAUGUAAGAUAAACGCGAAAUUGCUCUCUAGAGUGCAAGAUUAAUUAUUUAUGUGUAUUAUUUACAUUGUAUAAUUAACAAUUAUUAUUUAUUUUGAAAAA